AUGUCAACUAUCGACCAUGGGGUUAACAUCUACAACACGUCUGUUGUACCGCCGCCAGUUGGCCAGGAGUCCAAUUUCGACAGGCCGCUCUCCGACGUGCAACUCGCGACAAUCACGGUCUUUGCAGUCACCUACUUUCUCGCGACCAUCUCUCUCGUUCUUCGAUAUGCUACAAGCGCGCUGGUCGUUAAGGAAUGGGAACUCAAUGUCGUGCUCAUCACGCUCGCAUCAGGAACGGCGUUGGGCUACUUCAUCUCUGUCUGCUUCAUGAUGAAGUAUGGAUGGGGAUCGCAUGCUUGGGAUGUCUCUCUUGCGGAUAUGGUUCAGUAUAACAAGUAUCUCUCUCCGACUACCUUAACGUACAUGUGGAGCCCGACCCUAACGAAGCUCUCGAUCCUGUCUGUCCUUUACCGCAUCAGCCCAACAAGAGGCUAUCAGAUAUCUGUCUACGUUAUUGCCAUUGCGUUGUUGAUCUAUACUGUUACCUUCACCGUCUUGCUUUCGGGGCCUUGCAAUCCGAAGGAUGUCGGCUCGGGUGUCUGCUUGAACAAUCUCGCCAUCUCCCAAGUCGUCCUGAACAUCGCGACCGAUUUGUCCAUCAUCAUUCUCCCGCUUCCUACGUUACAUAAUCUCCAGAUACCAUUUCGACAAAAGGUUGUUGUUGGUUGCAUUCUGUCCGUUGGAUCUGCUGUUCUGAUCGCGUCCAUCGUCCGAGCUCCUUACGUUCACAUCAUGGCCACCAAUCCCGACUUCACCCGGAAACAAGCCGAAGCUGGUGUAUGGUCCUUGGUCGAACUCAACAUGGGCAUUGUAUGCAACAACCUCAUGCGGCUGAAGCCGUUUCUAAGAACAUACCUUCCCAGAGUCUUGACUUUUCUCGGUCUCACAGCCAAGUCGAAGCAGCAAGGAGGGGAUCAAUCCAAAUCCAGUGGGAACUGGAGGGGCAGACCCUCGCACAGCUAUCAGCUGAAUAGUCUAGAGCAUGACGACCCCCAUCACAGGAGUUUUAGAAAGGAGCCUUCGGUUGAUGCGACUGGUUUUGGGGACUCGGAUAAGGAGCCAUCACGCCAUAAUGGGAGCACUGAUGAUAUACUUAGAUCAUAACGAUACCCCUCGUUAAAUAAACUUCAGAAG